AUGCGUUCGAAUUCUCAAUCUUCCCACCAAUUAUCUUCUCCCCGUGGAGCGCACAUGAACGAUAAAAAGGGCCAGAAAAAAAAAAAACAGUUUUUUGAUGUCGAAAGCAAAAAAUUUGAUGUAGAAACGCCUGUUUUGGCGUCACUUGUAUCGUAGACGAAUCGGUCAAUGGUCGAUUAAAUUUUGAAAUUGAAAAAAAAUGUGGGACGACUUGAAUCUUGUUUAUCAUAUUAUCGCAAAAAUAAUGGCAAAAAUAAUUCGACGUGAAAAGGAAUUGAACCUGAGACCAUCCUGGUGAGGCUUUUUAUGUUUAUUCUCGCUGAGGGCUCCAGGAAAAAUGGCAAAAACAAUUUGACGUGGAGAGGAAUUGAACCUGUGACUUUACUGAUGACACUUUUGAUCUCAAUUCUCAAUGAGGGCUUCAGGAAAAAUGGCAAAAAUGAUUUGACGCGGAAAGGAAUCGAACCUGAGACUCAUUUUUCCCCAAUUUGAGCUUUAAUUAGCUUAAAUAAUAUAUGUUUAGCAUUACUUUUCGCUUUUGAAAACUAAAAUAAAAUGGCAAAAAUAACUUGACGUGCGGAGGAGUUGAACCUGUGACCCUCCUGGUCAAACUUUAAAUAUCUAUUCUCGUUGAGGACUCUAGGAAAAAUGGCAAAAAUGGUUUGACGUGGAGAGGAAUUGAACCUGACACCCUUUUGGUGAAACUUUCGAUAACUAUUCUGGUUGAGGGCCCUGGGAAAAAUGGCAAAAACAAUUCGACGUGGAGAGGAAUUGAAUUUGAGACCUUCAUGAUGAAGCUUUUGAUGUUUAUUCUCGCUGAGGGCUCUAGAAAAAAUGGCAAAAAUUGUUAGGCGUGGUGAGGAAUCGAACCUAGAACCUGUUUAAUGACAUUUAUCAUGUCUGUGACUUCCAGAAAAGCCAAAAAAAAAUGAAAUGAAAAUCAACUCAAAGAAGCUUUUCUUGUAUAUAAUUUAGGUCUGUCAACCUUUUUUUGAACUUCAAAAAUUCUGGAUCUUCUGAAAGUUGCUCUUGAAAUAUCUCCUUUAUCCAUUUUUUGAGAACUUCUGAAUCUUCUCAUUGUUUUUAAAAACUGUUCUUGAGCUUCUUGAAGCCAAACCAGAAAAUUGAGUUCCCAACGGCUUCUAGCUCAUUUUCACCUUCUUUUCCCUCAAUAUCCCAUUCAAAUCUUCUUCUUAAAGUUGAAAAUAUAUCUUAAAUUCCAGGCAACUCCACGAUAGAUCCACUGCGAGGGAGCAGCGCGUUCACGGCGAAACCCUCGACAUCGAGUGGCAAUCCGGUGUCGGCGUCCGCGACGGCGCUCCUCCGGUUUCCGGUGCCGCCGGCGUCGUCGUCGACCUCGUCGCUGUCGGCGGCCGCCUUCGACAACCUCCUCGACGUGACCGACUCGCCGCCGUCGACGUCCACGGCCACGCCGCUGCUCCAGCCGCCACCGCCGACGAUUUCUCUGAGUGCGGCCGCCGCGCAGCUCAUGGGCAUGGAUGUGAGUCUUUUUGUUCUUCUGUUGUCUUCACAGGCGAAUCGGGGGUGUACCAUAAUGUGGCCGUGAAUAUAUACCUCUCAAAAUGGGGUACCCCUUUAUAUACCCUUCCAGUAUACCUUUUAGCCCUAUCUGAACCAUAUCAUAGAUCCUUGACCUGAAGCCUAUCACAUUUUGUUCAAUAUCCCUAGAGGUACAUGGUACCAUCGUUAGACUUGCAGCCCUUUGGUAUACCUGAGGUAGCCCUUAGGUAAUAUAGCGCUACCCUUUCUUUGAUUCGCUUGUGGCUUGAGCCAUACCAUAGGUCCUCGACCUGAAGUCUAUCGCUCAAAGUCCUCAGAGGUGUAUGGUACCAUCGUUAGACUUGCAGCCCUGAGGUUAUAUAGCGCUACCUUUUCUCGAUUCGCUUGUGGCUUGAGCAAUGUCGGCCCCUAAAGUGGUAGAGGCCAGGUCCCAAUUGAGCGGUUCCAUUGACCUAUCCGAUCUUUCGGUGAAGCCCUGGAACCAAAACCCCAGUGAUUACGUCGCGGCGGGGAUCGAACCUGUGACCCUUUGAGCCGUAGGCAAGCGCACUUUCUGUUGCACUACGGCUUUUUUUUUAAAAAUAGUUCGGUCACUUCUACUUUUACAUUGUUACGCGCUUGUCCGAGCCACAGUACACUUGUCUGCCUCUGCAUGCGCCUUUAAAUGCGCACUAUUUUAAAGGCGCAGACAAAGGAAGCUUCGAAAAAAGACUACUGUAGCUCAGAAAGCUGGCCCGGAAAGGGUUAUAACAAAUUAAAGAAGUCCUUGAUUUUUUCUGGAAGCUGAAAUUUGACUAUUUUGUUGAAAAUAAUCUUCAGCACAAUUCCAGAGAGCUACAGGAGGAUUAGAAAUCAUAUAAAAAAAUUGUGGUCGAUAAAGCCAAAAUAAUCCAGCUGCAUUUUUACACCGCAAAAUAAAAUGACCUCCCCGGUGAGGUCUUUAAAGGAGCAUAGUCAACAUCCAUGAAAGGUCUCGAAGGGAAGAGCUGUUUUCUUUGUUAUUUUAAGCCGCUCGGCUCUAAAUACCUCAAAAAGUACUUCUUUUAUCGAUCACUAGAGGGGAGGUACAGUAGACAUCCGAAUUCGAUCCAAAAACCUUAAGCCCCUCGUCUUACGACACCAAGCGAAGUUCUUACGCAAAUAUCGAAAUCUGCUUCCACCUUCGCCGCCCGCAUAGGCUUAUCUCGAAAUCGCCGAAAAACUACAGCUCUGACGACUAUUCUCAUGGCUAAAGUCUGGAAAAUACCGGAAGUUUGUCCUAAAAUUUGAAAGGUAGUAAGUUCUGGAUUGCAAAAAAAGAGGUUUUUAGCGAAUCCAGGGACCAUUUUUAGAAGAAAUUCGAAAAAAUCUCGUUUUUUGAAAUCUCGACCGCUACGAUGUCUAGGUAAAUCUCAAAAUCAAAAAAAAAUACAAAAAAGUGUUUUUUUUCAAUUUCAUUUCAAACUUCAACGAGUGUGAUAACCUAUCAUCAGAAAUGCGGAAACAAGUUCUUUUUGAGCUAUUCCCUCUUACGGUAGCCAAGUUACGGUACCUGCGUAUCUAAGAAUUGACGUUUUUUUUUCCAGUCAAGUUGUAUAUCAAUCGAUAGGUAAUGCAAUUUUAGGAACUUUUUCAGUACAUGACAUCUUGGGUUACUGUAGAAAUUUUUCGAGAUACGGUAUUCUUUUUUGCAAUUUUGGUUUUUUGGUCACCCUUUUCACAAUAGUUGUCUCCCAUUGAAGUUACCUCUCUAAAAGAUGUGUUACUGGGAAAAUUUUCAGUGGCCACUAUAGGGUUUUGACGUUUUAGUGGCCACUAUAGUAGUCAAAUUAGUGACCACUUAAGGGGUUAAGUUUUUAAAGAGUAGUUUUUUCUCAAACAAGCUGGUCUUUUUUUCCAGCGAGUUCAAGGCCUGGGAAAAAUUUUAGUGGCCACUAUAGAGGUUCGUCAAGGACUACUUGGAGAGGACGCUAAAGUGGCCACUAAAUCCACCUCUAUAGUGGCCACUCCAGUAGUUUUUCAUCCAGUAUUCCUUCCAGUAACUCUGAUAAUUUUGAAACAAACAGAUUGGACCAGUUAUGUCAAUCCAUUGACCCCUAAAGUGGCCACUAAGUGGUCUAGUAGUAGUACUUAGACCUCUAUAGUGGCCACUAAUUUUCAACCCCUUAAGUGGCCACUAAUUUGACUACUAUAGUGGCCACUAAACAUUCUCCCAGGCUCUAUUCAAAAAUUUCAUGUUGAAGCUUUUGAUGUUUAUUCUCGCGGAGGGCUCUUGGAAAAAUGGCAAAAAUGAUUUGAAGUGAAGAGGAAUUGAACCUGCGACUCAUUUUUCCUCAAUCUGAGCUCCUGGGAACGAGAAUUCAUGUUUACAAACAGAUUGGACCAGUCAUGAUGAUCCAUUGAUCCCUAAAGUGGGCACUAAGAGGUCUAGUAGUAGCACUUAGACCUCUAUAGUGGCCACUAAAAAUUUUCCCAGGCUCUGUUCGAAAAUCCCGAGCUUCAUCCAAAAGCUCAAAAUCAACCUCUGAGGUCCAAAAAAGCCUUCCAAAACUCGAAAACACCCUCACAAGCUGCUCCUUUUCUCAGUGGGGGUGGAGCUUUAAGAAGAAAAAAGCUGUUUUUGGCAUUUUGCCAGGAGGAAAAACAAUCCGUUGGGUAUAAAACACGCGACGGACCUCCAGUUCUUCUUCGUUUUUUUCUUCCCCUCGUCAACAUCAAAUCAUGCUAAUUUUUGCCUCCAUUUCCUGGUUUUUGAUCCCUUAAGUCGUCCCUUUCGUUUAUUUUCCAGCCCUAAUUUUUUUUUUAUCAGGUUCCAACGAGGUGGUGUGAGUUUUUUGGCUGAUUUCAUUGACUUAAAAAUGAAUAAAACCUGUUCAAAGUCUGGUCAACAGUUGGAAAGUUCAGAAAAUCGAAAAAUCAAGGUGUCCUUUUUUAUAAUUAGACUGAAAAAUCGGCUCAGAAUCAAGAAUUUUUUAAAAACCUCAGAAAUCCGAGAAAAUUGGAAAUUGACAAUGUUUGAAAAAAAAACAAUUUUUUUAUGAACUUAGUUUUUCCUAAAAAUUUUAGGAAAACUAAAUUCAUUAAAAAAAGCCUUUUUUCCAUCGAUAUUUUUGACAGAAAAUUGAAAUUAAAAAUUUUUUGAUGGUCAAAAUUUUUAAAAUCAGAGGAUUUGGACAGAAUUUUUUUAGAUUUCCCAGUGGAUUUGUAGAAAAAAAUUUAAAAUAAGUAAAAAAAUUUUAGAAAAAAAGAAAUUUAUUUAAAAGUUCAUUUUUUUCAUCGAAUUUUUGACAGAAAAUUGAAAUUAACUUUUUUUAGUUAUUUUUGGCCAAAAUUUUUAAAAAAAUCAGAGGAUUCGGUCAGAAUUUUUUUGGAUUUGUCAGUAAAUUUUUAAAAAAAUUGGAAGAAAAAGUAAACAUUUUUAGAAAAAAAGAAUUUCAUUUGAAAGUCCAUUUUUCCAUCGAUAUUUUGACAGAAAAUUGAAAUUGAAAUUUUUUUGAUUUUUUUGUUUUGGCCAAAUUUUUUUAAAAAUCAGAGGAUUUAAUCAAGAUUUUUUUAGGUUGAAGAGUACGCAAAAAAAAAUGAAGGAGAAUUAUUAAUUUUUAGUAGAGAAAAAAAUUCAUUUUAAAGCCCAUUUUUUUCAUAGAUUUUUUUAGACAGAAAAUUGAAAUUGAAAUUUUUGGCCAAAAUUUUUGAAAUCAGAGGAAUUGAUAAGGAGUUUUAGGAAAAAAACAGAAAGUUUGAAAAAAAUAUAAAAGGAAAUUUAAAAAAAUUUUUCGAAAAAAAGAAAUUCAUUUGAAAGUCCAUUUUUUUCGUCGAUUUUUAGACAGAAAAAUUAAGAUAUAUAAUUUUUGGCCAAAAUUUAGGAAGCAGACGCUUUGAACAGGAUUUAUGAAAAAAACUGAAAUUUUUAGGAAAUUUUUAACUUUUUUUCUUAAGGUUUUAGAGUCAAAAAAAACAUUUUUUUCAGAAUAAAAAAAUCAACACUUUUUUUGGCAAUUUUUUUCUUGAAAUUGCGAUUUUUUUCGAAGUCCCUUUUUCAAUUGUUAGGCCUGAAAAGCUUCAACUAAAUUUUUUUUUGGCUCAUAAAAUUUGAAGUUUCCCUGAUCUCCGAACGUUUGGGAGACCAUAAAAAAACGAGAAUCUAGUUUCUUCCCACCACUUUUUUUGCAGAUAAAAAAACGAAGGUUCAAUGUUUUUGCCCCCCUCCCUCCAUCGAAUCGUUAGUGCACUAGAGAUUAUUCACGACAGUUGUUGACGUCAUUUUUGCAAAAAGUGACGUGUUCCUUACGCUAAAAAAACAAAACAACACGAAACAGGUGGAGAAAUUUCGGUCAGACGUCCGUGUUUUUCCGACUUUUUUUCCCCUUGUUAAUUUGACUGAUUAGGAGUAGGGAAUACGUCUACAGUAACCCGGGAAAGGGUUCAAAAUCUUGCUGAGCGAAAAAAAUCCGAUUUUUUUCUGUUUUUUUCUUGAUUUUUUUAAAAGGUUUUUUUGAAUAAUCGAAAAAAAUCUUCUUUACUUACAGUAUCAUUAAUAAAAAAAUACAGCGGCUUUUUCAGUUUUUGAUUUUUUUGAAGAAGUUCCCUGGAUUUAUACCAAGACUUGUUUAGAUUUUUCAAAAAUUUCUAGUAAGAAAAAAAUGUUUUUUUGAUAAAUUUAUGAGAAGAAAAUGCGACUUUUUUCCGAUUUUUCCCGUUUUUUUCUUCUAGCUUCAAUUUUUUUGAACAUAUUUCAGCUUUAUCGAUUUUUUUCCGCUUGUUAAUUUGACUGAUUAGGAGUAGGGAAUACGUCUACAGUAACCCGGGAAAAAGAGUUCAGAAAGUUACUAGAAGAAUGCGAUUUUUUUCAUUCAGCUUUUUUUCUUGAUUUUUUUAGGAUUUUUUUCAAAAAUUAAUUUCACAGGUCUCUUUUUACUUACAGUAAUAUCAAUAAAAAUACAGUUACCCAAGAAUUUUUUUGAAAGAUCCUUGAAAUAAAAUGUGAGAUUUAUCACUGAAAACGCGGCUUUUUUUCCGAUUUUCUCCCGUUUUUUUUUGUUUGUAUCUAUCCUCUCAGUUCGCUUUUCAAUAUAUUUCAGCUUUAUCGAUUCUUUUCCUCUUGUUAAUUUGAAGUGUUCUACAUAGAAAGUACAGUAACCCAGUAAUAAUUUUUAAAAAAAUUCUUCAAGUGAAAACGUGAGAUUAAUCAUUGAAAAUGCGAUUUUUUUCGAUUUUUUUCCUCUCAUUUUCAUAUUUUUUUAAAUGCAUUUCCGUAUUUAUCACAUUUUUUUCCUUUUUUCCAGUUUUUCAUCAAAGAAUACUGUAACUUCGGCGAAAUAAUUUUUACUGUACAAUUUUUUUCUAAACACUGUGAUACACAUCAAAAGGACGCAAGAAAACUAAAGAAUCCCUAAAAUAAAUUUUUUCAAGCUUGUAUUUUUCUUUUUAUCUUUUCUCAAUAAACUGCAUACAGUAAGAAAAUUAUCUUUCCUAUAAAAAGCCACAGUAACCUCGUAUUUUCCUUAAUUCACACCGCCCAGCCGAGCGGAGAUUAACUAUCUUCCUCCUUGGCGACAAAUAUUUUCCGAUCGGUGCCAUUUCGUUCAGAUCUUUUGUUUCUUGCAAAGUGUUUGGCAGCUGGUUUUUGAUUUUCUUGAUCGUUGAACGGUUUUUUGAGGUCGUUAGGAACAGCUUCUUCUUUCUGAAAGACAUAAAUAUUGCUUGAAAAAUAAAUUGACAAUAAUUUGUUUCAGAUGACGAGCACAGCAGCACAAAUCCCGUUUUCAUUACGCAAUUCGGGCUUCCGAGCACAUCAGCCAUCAGUUUCACAGCAACCUGAAAUUAAUCUUUGGGGUGAGUAUCAUUUAAAAUUGAAAAAUUGAAAAAAAAAAUGUAAAAACUUUGCAAAAACUUUGGAGUAUGCAUUUUACCGUCGCAAUCACCACGGCCAAAGCGCAUACCGUAACCCAUCAAAAAUCAAAAUUUCAGUUUUUGAUAGGAAAUCUUUGUUUUUCACCCCACUUUUUGCCUUUUUUCUGGUUCAUUGAUGUUUGUAGGAAUCAACCACGGGGUUCAUACACUAUUCUGUUUAUUGUUUGGUUUCAUAGAGACGAUGGGUGGGACCAAAAACGAGUUCCUCAGUUUCAUAUAUCGUCCUCGCAUUUUGCCUCUUAUUGUUCGCAGUUUUUCCCCCUCUUCCGAUGAGCCAAACAGUAUUCUUUUCGCUGCAAUAAUCUGUACUUUCUGUGAUGGCUCAGCUGUUUCAGCGACUUUUUGGCCGGGGUACCGUUUUUAUUUGACGAUUUUCCGUCUGGUGGAAACGCUAUUUUUGGCGUUUUUUGAGCAGAAACCAAAUGUUUUGAAAUUUCGAAACGUAUUAGUCAUCUUCGAAUAGCGUUUGAAAUUUGUGCAAAUUUGAGAGAAUCAUAGAAAACGUAGCAAAAAUGCUUUAGAAAUUGGGUUUUCUGAAGGAAUACCGAAAUUUUUUUCAGAAAGAAAAUGUGAAAAGUGUCUUGUUUUAUGAAAAAUAAACUGAAAGCUUGUGAAAAAACCAAGCUACCGUAACCCUGAAGGCUUUCCGAUUUUCGUUUCGGGACCCAUUUCUUCGAAAGAAAAAACAGUUUUCCUAGAAAAAAUAUGGAAAUUUUUUGAAUUUCUCCAAUUUCGCCAGAUUUUUUUUAUUCGAUUCACUGCUGGUGUUUGGAGGAAAAAAACUGAGCUACCGUAUUCUCGAAAAAUUUUUUUCGCUUUAGGACCCAUUCAAAAAAAUCGAUGAUUUUAUGAUUUUUUUGAUUUUUUUGGCGUUUAAUGGUUAGGUUUUUUUGCAGUAUCCACCAAAACUUGAAAAAGUUCGAAAAAAAUGUACCAAAAAAACGAAAGUUUUUCUCUUUUCGUUUCAGGACCCAUUUUUUUCAAACAUCGAUUUUUUUGAUUUUUUUGGCUUUUUUUAUAUAAAAGCAAUAUGCGUUACGGAAACUUUAUGAAACUUGAUAAAUUUUUGAAAGUUCGAAAAAAAAAUUUAGACCGGGAAAUUCCAAAUUCGUAAGCCGAAACUCAUUGGUAUUCCUCGGAACUUAUCCAAUUUUCGUCUCAAGACCCGUUUCUUUGGAAAUUAGAUCCUUCAGAAGAAAAAUAAAAUUGAGAAAGGCUUCAAAAAGUGUUCGGAAAGAAACACGGCGAAUAAUUUAGGACGCCGAGACAUUUCGGCCCCGUAUGGCGAAGCUCAUUAAGCGUUGCAAAUAAUUACUAGGAUCCGUUCAGGGACCGCGGGAACGGGCCUCCAGCCGCAAAUGCUCUCCGCCGACCUGCUCCUUUCAUUGCAGAACGUCGCCGCCGCCGCCGCCGCAACCUCGCCUCUCUCUCCAUUUCUAGAGUUGGUUCCCGUUUCUCUUUACCUACCUUUUACUCGAGUUUUCAUUGUUCUAUGUUUUUUUGAAAAUCUUCCAUUUGAAACUGAUUUUUCGAGGUUAUCCGAGGGUUAGAAUAACCAUUAAAGUCUCAAAAAUCAUGGAUUUUGUUGGAAAAUGCGCUGUUUUGGUUGCGCCAAAUACCUACCUUUUACUCGAUUUUUCAUUGUUUUAUGUUUUUCGAAAAUCCCAAGGUUGAAACUGAUUUUUCGUGAUUAUUCAAAGAGUAGAAUAACCAAGAAAUUCUUAAAAAAUCAUAGAUUUGUUGGAAAAUGGCUGUUUUUGUUGCGCCAAAUACCUACCUUUUACUCGAGUUUUUAUUGCUUUCAAGGUGAUUUCAUAUUUCAAAAGAGCUCCUUGUUCUUCGAAUCGAAGUUACUGUCAGAACAGAGAUACACGUUGAAACUUCUAGAACCUUUUUUAAGCCCCCCCCCCCUCAUUUUUCAGGGUGAUGACCAUUUUAAUCGAUUUCUUGAAAAGAAGAACCUUCUAGAACCUUUAUUCUACCUUUUUCGAGCUCUUCUUCACUUUUCAGAGAAAUAACCAUUUUAAUCGGUUCCUUGAAAAAGAAGAACCUCUCAGAACCUUUUUUCUACCCUUUUAAAGCCCCCCUUACUUUUGGGAGUGAUAACCACUUUAAUCGGUUCCUUCAAAAGAAGAACCUUCCAGAACCUUUUUCCUACCUUUUCCUACCUUUUUCUGAGCUCUCCUGAUAAUAUAACUUCAAUUGACUUCUUAAGUUAUUAAAAAAAUCUUAGUUACUACCAAAACAGUCUACAACUUGAGAAAAACCUGGAACCUCUUUUCGAAAAAAGAUUUCCCGGGUUUUUUAAGCUUUAUGAAUUGGGAAAAUUUCAAAGCCUCACGUUUUUCCAAGUUGAAUAGACGAAAAUUGACCCGAGGGGGUUUGAUCCUGUGACCUUUUGGACGAUAGACUGAAGUAUUAGCCACUGAGCCGCGCUUUCUAAAUGGUUUAUAUACCUUUUUAUGUAGAACUACGUGUGUUAUCGACGUCUUGAGUUGAUUAAAGCCAUGUUAGGAGCUUGAAAGUGAAAAAAAUUACACUCGAAAUCAAACUUUUUCGAGAUUCAAAAAAAAGGAAAAAAAUACUUUUUUUUUGAAAAAAUGAGUUUUUUUAAGUCGAAAUUGUCAAGAUUGUCAACUGGUCCAUCAAAAAAAAAACCAUUUUUCAAAAAUUUUCGAGUAGCAAAGAGAAAAAAUGACGUUUUUUGUCAGGAGGAGUCGAACCCGUGACCUUUUGGAUGAUAGAAAUUAGUCUUAGCCACUGAGCUACGCUUCUUUUUUCAUUCCUGUUUGAAAAAGCAGCGAGUUUCAACCAAAAUUAUCUUUUCUUGCAAUUCAUUGCUCAUAUUAGCAUCAUCAUCUCGCCUUUUCUUCCCCAAAAGCUCGAAAUUGAAUGUAGUAUGAACCUUUCGUCUCUAAAUUUUGCUUCAAAGUCACAUUUUUCAGAAAAAGUUAUGAAUAUAGGUUCGAAAAUAGCAUUUUCACUGAAUUAUUUAUCUACCAUGUAAUUUUCAAAUUUCAGUGAUAAAAUAACUUUUUUUCAAAGUACAUGUCUCAAAAAGUCACCGAGGAGAGCUUGAAAACUUAAAAAUUGGUCAAAUUCCUCCCAGAAAAAAAAAAUAGGGCGGUAAAAAAACUUGACCAAAGUACAUACGAACUUUCGCCUUUUUCUCCAAAUGACCUCAAUUUUCAAAAACGUCUCAAGUAUUUUCUACGUCGAAUGUGAUUUCUGAUCAUUUAUUUCUUUUUUUUUUGACAUUUUCAAAGGUUCAAAUCUCAAAUUUGCUCAAUAAUCCUUGAUAUGAAGCCUUUUUUUGCACUUUAUAAAUUCAACUUAAAGGAAAAAAAUUAAAUAUUACUCACUGCGAAGCGGAAAUUUUUCAUGCAAGAACAAAAAAAUUGUAGUUUAAAUGGACUUAUGUGAAAAGCUUAUAAAAUCAAAUUUUGCAAAAAUUUGACUACAAAAAAAGUGAUUCACAGCUUUUUAUAGGAUUUUAAUCAAAUUCCGUUGGAAACCAGGCUUCCUCAAUGAAAAAUCACCAGCUAAUCCGGUUUUUUCUCCCAUGAAUUUGAGAGGAUUUUCGCAAAUUCGCAUUAAUCUUUCACGGGGAAGCCGUGCGGCUCGUUUUCUUCUGAUUUCGAACCGCGUGUACCUUGGUGCAAGGAGAAAAUACUAAAUUAAAGCUUAAAUUUCACUGUUUUCGAACAACCAAUGCAUUUUCUAAAAAAAGGGCUUGAGAGAAAGCGCGCGCUAUUGUACUUUUUCGGCUCCUAGAAGUUUUACGCCUCUGAAACUUUUUCCUUUUUUUCUUUGUUUCUUUAUUGUUUUCGAUCUUGUUCUUGAUUAUAUUACGAAUAUAUAGCGCUCUAGAAGACUAAGAACGCUUUUUAAAGGGUUUUUUGAACUUUAGGAACAAGGAAAAGGGUAUUUUGAACUUUUAAUCUUUCUAAAAAUGUUUAUGUUGUAAUUUUCUUUUAAAUAGUCUGUUCGAAGGUUUAAGUCUUCUGAACUUGAAUUAACACUGAAAACUGUUCAUCUUUUCAAUAUUUUUUCUAUACUGGAACUUUUUCAGUAAAAUUAUUCAAUUCCGAGACAUUUUUCAGUGAUAAAUUAUCCAAAUUUCCAUGGAGAAGAAACUUUCUCAAUUCACUAGACGAAGAAAAUCCUCGGAAAGCAGGUGAAUAUGGGCAUUCUAACGCUCAAAUAUUAAUGUCUGUUCCGUUUCUCUAAUCAUUUAUGCAUUGCAGUGCUGUUGAACCCUAGAAAAUCCAGUGUUUCGAUGAUCAUUUCGUGUAAUUUGUGGGGAUAUAAAAAAAAAAGAAUUGAGUAUCAAUAGCCGAUGAAACGUUCAAUUCCGAGUUUCAAUUUACGUUGCGGGGGUCGUCAUGUGUUGCGGCCCCGGGAGAAAUAGCGUUGGAAUCGAGGAGAGCGGAAAAGAACCAGUUUUUUUUCUCUCAAGCGGCACUCUACACGUUCAUGUCCCCCUCCCAGAAAAAAUCGACAACUUUUUCCCGAGUUUUCGGGUUUUUUCGUGUGUGAUAACGAGCUUGGAAUUGCCCUUUUUGGUUGUUUUCAACGUAUUUUGUGGCUGAUUUUCGAUAUUUAUCGAGUUGAAACACGGAAUUAUCGAUUUUAUUAGGCAAAUCAGGUUUUUGAAAGCUUAUCCUGUUCUUGCGAGAAAUUUUGAACGAGCAGAAUUUCUGAAAUGACUGAAAAUUUUUGUUUUUAAUUUUUUCAAUGUACUUUGUGGCUGAUUUUCGAUGUUUAUAGCCUGAAAAAUUUGAUUUUAUAGCGAAAAACAGGUUUUUGAAGGUGUAGUCUGUUCUUGUAAGGGAUUUCAAACAAGCAAAUAAUUUUUAAAUCUUGAAAUUUACAAUUUUUAUUUUUUUCAAUGUAUUUUGUGGCUGAUUUUCGAUGUUUAUAGCCUGAAAAAUUUGAUUUUUAUUGCGAAAAACAGGUUUUAGAAAGAGUAAUCUGUUCUUGCGAGAAAUUUUAAACGAGCAGAAUUUUUUUGAAAUGACUGAAAAUUUUUGUUUUUAAUUGUUUUCAAUGUAUUUUGUGACCGAUUUUUGAUGUUUAUAGCCUGAAAAUUUUGAUUUUAUUGCGAAAAAACAGGUUUUUGAAAGUGUAGUCUGUUCUUGUAAGGAAUUUCGAACAAGCAGAACUUUCGAAAUUUUAAUUUUUGGUUGUUUUCAGCGUUUUUUAUAGCUAAUUCUCGAUUUGAAAUCGCUUAAAAACUCAAUUUUUAGGCGUAAAAUGCGUUUUCUGUACUUCUUUUGUAAACAAAUUGUUGGCAAAGAGCAAUUUUUCAAUCUUUCCAUCCGAUUUUUGGUUAUGAUUUUGAAAAAGAAGGCUAUAAAUUGAAUUUUGAAGGUCAAAUAUAGAGUUUUAAGGCAGCUGAACCUUACUAGACUACAAAAAUAAUCGGGUUUUUCGUUUUUUUCUUCCGAUAACCACUUGGAAUUUUUUAAUCGUCUUUUUUUGGUCAUUUUAACGUUUUUUGGAGCUGAUUUUUGAUUUUUACUAUGUUAGAAGUGUCGAAAUUUAUAAGUAAAGUCUUGUUUUGUAUUGAGAACUGCAAAAUUUUCAAGUUUUUCGUUUAUUUUUUUGGUAUUACCUGGAAAAAUCUGAUUUUUGAAAUAUCAAAUACAGCGUUUGAAGGUAGCCGAAAACUUUCUGAACUUUUUGAACGUUUUCUCUUUUUUUUUUCUUUUUUGGUGGAAUUUUGAACAUUUCUUGUUGUUUUUAGUGGUCGAUUUUUGAUUUUUCCCUCCGAUUGAUAGUGCAAAUGUUGAAGUGUAAUGUGGAGAUCGGGUCUUUGAGUGUGUAGUUUGUCUGGGAAUUUUUGGCCGAGAGCCAAUUUUUCACUCUUUUUGAAUUUUUCUUCAAAAUCAAGUAGUAAAUAAUAAUAUAAUACAUAGAAAGUUCCUUUUAAUUGCGAACUUUUUAAAAAUCUCCCGAUUUUCGCUCAUUUUCAUUGGUUUUUAGCACUUCUAUGACCGAUUUUUGAGUUUUGAUCAGACUUUGACGUAUUUUUGGCUGGUUUUCGGUUCUUAUUAAGUUUUUUUGGAUAUUUAAUUAAAUUUUUUUCGUGUCUCUCAAAAGUGGUCUUUGGAUAAUUUUUGCUCUUGAUCGAGUUUGAAACGUGAUAAAUUCAAUUUUUCGGGAAAUUUUUCCAUUCAAAAAAAUUUUUUUGUCUACGAUUCUAUAUUUUUAUCCUGGAAGUUAGUUAGAAUGAUUUAAAAAUUUUUAAAAUUGAAAAACCCUUGAAAAAUUUUUUUGUAAAAAAAUGAAGGUGUUUAAGGAAAUGCGCCCCAUCGUACUUUUUAAUGAAAGUCGAUUUUUUUCAGUUUUUUUAUGCAGUUUUGAAGUUAUGUACGCCAGAGUAGUCCCUUCAGGGGCUAGGGGAAUGAAAAGCCCCUUAGGGGGACAAAAAGCGCCCAUAUAAAAUUUAAGUGGUCCCUAUAGGGAUUUGGGUGUGACCCCUAAGUGUCUGAAGCUCAAGUGACUCCUAUAAGUCAAAUUUAAUCGACUAGAACGUCCCCUAUAGGUGUCCCUUCUGCAAGCUUUAGUGGCCCCUCUAGAGGGAGGUUAAGUGGUCCCUAGAGGGGAACCUUAAGGCCUCUAAGGUUGCCCUUUAGGGAUCACUCUGGGGUUUUUAAGAGUUUUCGGCUCGGGUUUGAAGUCAUUCAUUAUGAAUUUGCGUCUUCUCAGAAACCAUCUUACGUAAAUUCGAACUUUUUUCGUUCAAGCCCAUAAUUUUGACUAUGAUUCAUUUCACCUUUUCCGAAACUCGUUGAAAAAUUCUCAAGUUGAUAGGUUUCCUAAUCUCAAAAUUGGGCUGUUGUUUGAACCCCGGAAAAAAAAGGAAGAAAAUGGCGUUUUGUUGAGCUUUCCAAGCCGUUAUCGCUUUAAUCUCCGAUGCUCUUUUUGCACUGGAUUUUUGCAUUUCCCGUCAUGUCUAGACGCUUUUAGACUAUCGUCCAGUUCAAAAAGUUCCCCUUCUUUCUCGAUUUUCCAAUGAAACAAUCUUGAUUGAUAUUUUCCCAAAGUAGUGAAGAUAAGAACGUCAAACUAUCGAUAGGAGAAGUAUCAAUCAAACUCGAUUUUUUUGCUAUUUGAACCUUGGGACUUUGUAUUUUGUGUGUUUGGACUGCAAGGUUUUCUGUUGCGUUUUCAUAGUUAUUUUCUUGAUUUUCGUCUCAUAUUUUCUCUUCUCACUGGUCAUAAAAUGGUUUUUUGAUUAUAUCUUCUUUAAAUAUUGUUCAAAUCUCUUCAAACUUUGCACACCUUUUAAAUAGCCUUGCAAUAACUCAUUUUCACAAGCAGAACUCAUUUUCUUGCGCUAAACUAAAAUUUUGAGCAUACGUGGGCCAGGCCACUUUUUAAUAGUGACGUCAUAGCGCACAUCCUCAAACAUUGAAAACCUCGACUUUUUUGACUUUUUAUCCAUAAAAAUUCGUUUUUAGAUGAUAAAUAUUGAUGAUUGAUGAUGAUUUUAAUAAUUAGACCCUUUUUUAAGUGAAUCUUAUCACUGAUCGGUGAUAAUGGAAAAAUCGUGGAAAUGCGAAUUUUUCGAUCCGGUUUUUUGUACAGCUUUCAGAUCGUUCUAUAAAAGCUAAUAAAUUUUAUUGGAGCUCAGUCUGAUCAUUUUGAGCCAAGUUAUAGCCUCCAGCGCACCUGGUUCACGUCCCCAAACAAUGAAAAUGCCACUUUUUCCACUUUUUAUUAAUCAACUAUCACAUGCUUAGAAGGUUUGAAGCUUUUUCUGAACGAUUCUUAUCACUUACCGGUCAGAAUCCGAAAAUCUCCAAAACGCGAACACUUUUUCAAAAAUCAAAAAAAAAAAGAUCUCUUCGGCGGAUUCAAUCGUAAUUGCUCUGCUCUGAUUAAUUAAUAAGAUACCUGUUUGCAGAGCAACGAAGGCGCUACAGUUAUCGGCGGCGGCGCGGGCGGUCGGCAUGCCGUCGACGUCGUCCGUCCAGCAGAUGCCGACGUCGACGACGGCUCUCGGAAUCGCCGGCGCGUCCCCCUCCCUCAUCCGCAAGAUCUCCGCGGACGUCGCCUCUGUUUCUGGUAAGGAUUCAUUUGAUUCAGGUGUAGCUUUUAGACGAAAAAUUAGUUUUUUGAAUUGAAAAUAGCAAUUUUUUUUUCGUUGUUGUUUCUUUCAGUCAAUUGAAAGCACAAUCUCAGCCAAAAAUUAUGGUUUUCUGGUGUGUUUUUCAUUGGAAUCCUAGCAUAUCUUUAGCUAAAAAGUUAGAUUUUUUUGAUGGAAAAGAAAGCAUUUUUUCUGCCGACGUCGUUUCUGGUUACAUUUUGAUUUCAAUUUAAAGCCUAGCUUUAACUAAAAAGUAAGAUUUCUGUACUCAAAAAGUAGAUUUUCUAUCUUCAAUUUCAUUCCAAAAUUUAGGAAUUCUUUAUGAUUUUCUGCUUUUCGUAUUACUCAUAAAAAUACCUUAUCUCUACACCUAGAUUUAAUGGCUCAUGUGCUUUGUGAUAAUUUCCCAGUGAUACGCAAGUUUGAAGGGUAAAGAUUAAGAAAAAUAAAAGAGAAAUUUCAUUUUAGACUCGAAAUUAUACGUUUUCAAUGAUUUCUCACACCUUUAGCGGCGCCAGAACUCUUAAGUGAUCCCUAGACUUGCUCAAGAACGGCUAAGGCGCCUCCGAGUUUAUUCACUGCUCAAUUUUAGCUUUUAUUAGAGCAAAAUUUAUUUUUUCGGAAAAGAACUGUAUUAAAAUCAAAAAAGAAGGGUUCGGCUGAUUUUUAGAAUUUCAAUUGACCGAUUCCACAUUUCUAUGAAUUUCAGUGCUUUCUUGGGCCUCCGUAAUGUAAACCGGACGGUUCUGAGCAUUUCUAGGGAUCACUUAAUUGGCGUUAGAACUCUUAAGGCAUCACUUGGAAAGCCCAGGAACUUCUUGUUGUAGUUUUUGUCGAUUUGACGCAAACCAAGCGUUCCCCGAAAGUUUCUAGGCAUUUCUAGGGAUCACUUUAGUGGCGUUAGAACUCUUAAGGCAUCACUUGGAAAGCCCAGGAACUUCUUGUUGUAGUUUUUGUCGAUUUGACGCAAACCAAGCGUUCCCCGAAAGUUUCUAGGCAUUUCUAGGGAUCACUUUAGUGGCGUUAGAACUCUUAAGGCAUCACUUGGAAAGCCCAGAAAGUUCUAGUUGUAAUUUCAAUUGACCGAUUCUUCAUUUCUAGGAAUUUCACUGGUUUCUUGGACCUCGCUCACGUAAACCGGACGGUUCCGAGCAUUUCUAGGGAUCACUUAAGUGGCGUUAGAACUUUUAAGGCAUCACUUGGAAAGCCCAGGAACUUCUAGUUGUAGUUUUUGUCGAUUUGACGCAAACCAAGCGUUCCCCGAAAGUUUCUAGGCAUUUCUAGGGAUCACUUUAGUGGCGUUAGAACUCUUAAGGCAUCACUUGGAAAGCCCAGGAACUUCUAGUUGUAGUUUUUGUCGAUUUGACGCAAACCAAGCGUCCCCCGGCAGUUUCUAGGCAUUUCUAGGGAUCACUUUAGUGGCGUUAGAACUCUUAAGGCAUCACUUGGAAAGCCCAGGAACUUCUAGUUGUAGUUUUUGUCGAUUUGACGCAAACCAAGCGUCCCCCGGCAGUUUCUAGGCAUUUCUAGGGAUCACUUUAGUGGCGUUAGAACUCUUAAGGCAUCACUUGGAAAGCCCAGAAAGUUCUAGUUGUAAUUUCAAUUGACCGAUUCUUCAUUUCUAGGAAUUUCACUGGUUUCUUGGACCUCGCUCACGUAAACCGGACGGUUCCGAGCAUUUCUAGGGAUCACUUAAGUGGCGUUAGAACUUUUAAGGCAUCACUUGGAAAGCCCAGGAACUUCUAGUUGUAGUUUUUGUCGAUUUGACGCAAACCAAGCGUUCCCCGAAAGUUUCUAGGCAUUUCUAGGGAUCACUUUAGUGGCGUUAGAACUCUUAAGGCAUCACUUGGAAAGCCCAGGAACUUCUAGUUGUAGUUUUUGUCGAUUUGACGCAAACCAAGCGUUCCCCGAAAGUUUCUAGGCAUUUCUAGGGAUCACUUUAGUGGCGUUAGAACUCUUAAGGCAUCACUUGGAAAGCCCAGGAACUUCUAGUUGUAGUUUUUGUCGAUUUGACGCAAAACCAAGCGUCCCCCGGCAGUUUCUAGGCAUUUCUAGGGAUCACUUUAGUGGCGUUAGAACUCUUAAGGCAUCACUUGGAAAGCCCAGAAAGUUCUAGUUGUAAUUUCAAUUGACCGAUUCUUCAUUUCUAGGAAUUUCACUGGUUUCUUGGACCUCGCUCACGUAAACCGGACGGUUCCGAGCAUUUCUAGGGAUCACUUAAGUGGCGUUAGAACUUUUUAAGGCAUCACUUGGAAAGCCCAGGAACUUCUAGUUGUAGUUUUUGUCGAUUUGACGCAAACCAAGCGUUCCCCGAAAGUUUCUAGGCAUUUCUAGGGAUCACUUUAGUGGCGUUAGAACUCUUAAGGCAUCACUUGGAAAGCCCAGGAACUUCUAGUUGUAGUUUUUGUCGAUUUGACGCAAACCAAGCGUUCCCCGGCAGUUUCUAGGCAUUUCUAGGGAUCACUUUAGUGGCGUUAGAACUCUUAAGGCAUCACUUGGAAAGCCCAGAAAGUUCUAGUUGUAAUUUCAAUUGACCGAUUCUUCAUUUCUAGGAAUUUCACUGGUUUCUUGGACCUCGCUCACGUAAACCGGACGGUUCCGAGCAUUUCUAGGGAUCACUUAAGUGGCGUUAGAACUUUUUAAGGCAUCACUUGGAAAGCCCAGGAACUUCUAGUUGUAGUUUUUUUGUCGAUUUGACGCAAACCAAGCGUUCCCCGAAAGUUUCUAGGCAUUUCUAGGGAUCACUUUAGUGGCGUUAGAACUCUUAAGGCAUCACUUGGAAAGCCCAGGAACUUCUAGUUGUAGUUUUUUUGUCGAUUUGACGCAAAACCAAGCGUCCCCCGGCAGUUUCUAGGCAUUUCUAGGGAUCACUUUAGUGGCGUUAGAACUCUUAAGGCAUCACUUGGAAAGCCCAGAAAGUUCUAGUUGUAAUUUCAAUUGACCGAUUCUUCAUUUCUAGGAAUUUCACUGGUUUCUUGGACCUCGCUCACGUAAACCGGACGGUUCCGAGCAUUUCUAGGGAUCACUUUAAGUGGCGUUAGAACUUUUUAAGGCAUCACUUGGAAAGCCCAGGAACUUCUAGUUGUAGUUUUUGUCGAUUUGACGCAAACCAAGCGUUCCCCGAAAGUUUCUAGGCAUUUCUAGGGAUCACUUUAGUGGCGUUAGAACUCUUAAGGCAUCACUUGGAAAGCCCAGGAACUUCUAGUUGUAGUUUUUGUCGAUUUGACGCAAACCAAGCGUCCCCCGGCAGUUUCUAGGCAUUUCUAGGGAUCACUUUAGUGGCGUUAGAACUCUUAAGGCAUCACUUGGAAAGCCCAGAAAGUUCUAGUUGUAAUUUCAAUUGACCGAUUCUUCAUUUCUAGGAAUUUCACUGGUUUCUUGGACCUCGCUCACGUAAACCGGACGGUUCCGAGCAUUUCUAGGGAUCACUUAAGUGGCGUUAGAACUUUUAAGGCAUCACUUGGAAAGCCCAGGAACUUCUAGUUGUAGUUUUUGUCGAUUUGACGCAAACCAAGCGUUCCCCGAAAGUUUCUAGGCAUUUCUAGGGAUCACUUUAGUGGCGUUAGAACUCUUAAGGCAUCACUUGGAAAGCCCAGGAACUUCUAGUUGUAGUUUUUGUCGAUUUGACGCAAAACCAAGCGUUCCCCGAAAGUUUCUAGGCAUUUCUAGGGAUCACUUUAGUGGCGUUAGAACUCUUAAGGCAUCACUUGGAAAGCCCAGGAACUUCUAGUUGUAGUUUUUGUCGAUUUGACGCAAACCAAGCGUCCCCCGGCAGUUUCUAGGCAUUUCUAGGGAUCAUUUUAGUGGCGUUAGAACUCUUAAGGGAUCACUUGGAAAGCCUAGAAACGUCUGGGGCGCGUCAAACUUGAUUUUCUCGUCAGUUUUAGUCUUUAUCACGACGGAAUUUAAUUUAUUUUUUUCGGAAAGAGCUGUAUAAAGAUUUAUUGAAAAGGUUAAAGCUAUUUUUUUUUUUUUGAUCAUGCCACAUUUACUCCGUCAAUUCAGUACUUGAGUGUGAGAAGUAGAACAUUUUGAUUCAAUUUAUUCACAACUAACCUCAUUUUUUGCAGGCCUGACAGCCUACGACUUUGCUCAGCAGCUGGCGAAGACGUCGCCCCACGGAGGAAGUCUGCCGCCGAAACGAGAACCCAGCAGUUCUUCGAACUCGCAGCCAGGGACGCCGUCACAGGCCGGCGGCCUCGUCAGAGUGGUCCGUUCCUUCAAAUUUCCAUUUUUAUUUGGUUUUAUUUUGUGAAAUUGUUCUUGUGAAUAUCGUCACGAGGAGGGAAGGAUUUUAUAGCUUAUACAAAUUUUUUAGUUCAGAAAAGUGGAUUUUUCUAGCCUUCUGAGGCAGUAAAGAAGCUGGAUUUUUUGGGUUUUUCGAUUUUCGGAAGGGAUUUUCGGUCUUUUGGAAUGCUUUUUUUGACAGAAAAAAAUUUUCCGACCAUGAAAGAGGGAUUUUUGGACUUUUGGAAGGGCUUUUUGACAGAAAAUGAAAUUUUUUUUUUCAUUUUGGAAGAUAUUUUUUCCGAUUUUGAAGCAAUUUUUUUCGACUUUUGAACUUUUUUUUUAGAUUUUUUGCCAUUUGGAGGGGCUAUAUAUCAUUUUAGUAUUGGUUUUUUUCCACUAAGCUCUUUUUGAAAAAAACAAAAAAAUGCCGAAAAAUUUACAAAAAAAGUAAAGAAACAUGUAGACAAUGGACCAUAUGAACUACUGGGAGAUCUCAGGAAUUUUUUUCUCUGAGAAAUAUUAUUUUUUUCCAGUAGUUUUUCAGGGAAUUUAUAUUAAGAACGAACUUGUGAGACACCUGGGAAAUCUGGAAAAAAAUCGGCAAAAAGGAAAAAAAGACGCGGAGGCAAUGUAAUUUUUGAGCUGCCGGAUGCCUUAAAAAUUAUUUUUUUAUCAUUUUUUUAAAUUGUAAGUUUUGAAAGAGGAUAAUUUUUUUCAAUUUUAGUGUUAAAAGUAGUUAUUUUUUUAUCAAUAAACCUGAAAAAAAGGCUUCAAAAAAAGUUUUAAAAUUAAAAAAAAUCGGCCGAGAGAACCGAAAAUGACGAGGCAAUAGAAAUUUUUGAGCUACUGGAAGCCUUCAAAAAACAUUUUUUUCGAAUUUGGUUCUUCAAAAAGUAAAUUUUACCUUGAGAAGCUUCAAAGAUCUCUAGAAAAAAAUAAAAAAAUGACUAAGAGAGCAAAAAUUUGAAAAAUUUAGUCAUAUGAGGUCUGAACGAACAAAGGGGGUUUUCCCGAAAAACGUCAUUUUUUUUUUUGAAAAUCAACGUCACGACUAGGAAAAAAUGGGGAGAAGCUCAUGUGGCCAACGGGAGAAAAUACAGUGAAGGAAAAGAAAAAAAGUGAACUCGGCGCCCACCAAAACAAACAAAUGUACAUACGAAUGACGACACAAACCGUCCGCAAUUUAUUGAUUUUGACGUUUUCCAAUCAAGAAAAAAGAACGAGAAUGACAUCACUCCGUGGAGCUUGAACUGGGUGGGCCGCGUAAUUGUCGGUUGGUCCACAACACAUCAUUUUUUGCUCUGUUUUGAGUCGACCAGCCCUUUUUUGUUCUUUGGAUGAGGAGUCAGAGAACGAGCAAUCUUGGGCAAACAGAGCGAAGGAAAGAGAGGAAGAGAUGUAUUUUUACUUGUAGCAAGGCUUUGGAGCAUUAGAACAUUGCAAGAAAUGAAAAAAGCAUCAGAAAGAUCUUCUGGUAGUUUUAGGAUCAUAGCCGAAUUCGAGAACCUUUUUGGAUCUGGAAGAAAAAAUGAAUUUUUUAAAAGAGCAAAGAAAAGAGGGAAAACGACUUUUUAUCUGUAGUAUGGCUUGUGGAGCUUUUGGAGCAUCGAAACGUCAGAAUUAGCUUCAAAAAGAUGCUUUUUGGAAGGUUUUUUGGAUCAUAGGAUGUACUGGAGAACUCUUUGGACCUUGGAAGAAAAAAAAAUGAAUUUUUUUCACUUGUAGGAAGGCUUGGAAAGCUUCAGGAGCAUUAGAACUUUGUGAAACAUGAAAAAAGCAUAUGAAAAAUUAUUUGGAAACUUUAGGAUCAUAACCGGAAUCCGAGAACCUUUUUUUGGAUCUAGGAAGAAAAAAAUGGAUUUUUUUAACUUUUUAGGAAUGCUUUGAGAGCUUCAGAAGCAUUGGAAUUUUUGUAAAACAUGAAAAAAAAAUAUUGAAAAAAAGAUUGCGGAGAGUUUUGAGAUCACAGCUGGAAUUUGAGAACCUUUUUGGACCUUGGAAAAAGUUUUUACUUGUAGGAAGGCUUGGAGAGCUUCAGGAGCAUUAGAACUUAGUAAAAUAUGAAAAAAGAUUGAAAAAAAGAGUGCAAAUGGUUUUAGGAUCAUAGCCGGAAUUCGAGAACCUUUUUGGACCUUGGAAGAAAAAAAAACUGAAUUUUUCACUUUUAGAAAGAAUUGAAGAGCUUUAGAAGCAAUGGAACAUUGUACGGUAUGAGUUAGAGAAUUUAAAAAAAAUUAUUCUGAAGGUCUUUGAAUCGUAGGAAAUCUGUUUUUGGACCUUCAGAAAGUUUCAAAAAAGAAUUUUUAGUAUUAGAAUGUCUUUUUUCAAGGUAGCUGACUUCAAAAAAACUUUCACAAGCUUGAGAAAAUCAAAAAGUGAGAAAAAAGAUUUCCGGAAGGUUUUUGGAUCAUAGCCGGAAUUCGAGAAUUUUUUGAAUUUUUCUGAAAGACGCAAUUUGAAGUUAUAGAGGACCUUUUCGAGGUAUUCGGCUUGAAAAUAUUUUUGAAUGUUCAGAAAAGUCUUUUCUUCUCAAGUUUCCCAAAGUUGACGGAUUUGGAUAGUUUCUUGGCUUCAAUUUGAAAGUUCUAGGGCAUUUUCAAGCAAUUUUCCACGUAAAAUCUGAUGGUCAGAAACUUUUAACUCGAACCGCAGCGCGACCGCAACGCGUUGAGCCUUUCCAAACGCGACCAGGAUUUUUAAGUCUUGGUGAUUUGGUAGAGAUUUUCAUAAGCUCGAUUUCUAGGCAAACAUUUUGAGAGCAAAACUGUCCAUUUGAAAAAUUCUUUGGCAUUUUUUUCCGUUGUGUUCUCUGGAAAUAAAUGAGGAAGUUUACAAGGUUCAGAAUCACUUUUCAAGCUGGUGAGGGCGUGGCAAAAAUGAUGUUAUAAUGAUCCGUCUGAAGAGAAAAUAAUAACAUAUUUUUGAACUGGAAAUUAAAUAAAUUGAUCCAGAUAACAUGUAAUUGUAGAGGAGGCGGAAGGUGUGCCUAUACAAACUACAUGAGACUUAUCAGAAUAAUUAGCAUAAUUAGCGUUUUCCGAGAAGUCGGGCCCUUGAAAACAGAAAAAUUAGUCGAUUUUAAUGAGAAUAAAUGUGCCAGAAAGGGCAAAUAACCAAGUGCGGAAGUUUUGUUUCUUUCCUCCCCCAGAUCAAAGAUUGACGCCAUGUUAUUAUAUAAUUGCUGUUUGUGAGGGUGUUUUCCUAGGAAUUAGCGAGUUGAAAUGAGCCUUUAUAAGGAGUGGAUUUUCAUUCGGAAAGCUGCUUUUUUCAACGUGAUUCCUCGGUUUUUUUUUGAGCCCUUUGGACUGAUUUUGACUGCGUUUCAUGAAGAUUUUUCGAGCUAGAAAACUGUCCAUUUGAAAAACUCUUGGGCAUUUUUUGAUUUUUUAACGAUUCCAGGAUGUUUCUGAAAAAGUCGAAAAUUGUCAAAAUUUGAUUGACUUUUGGGACAUCUAGGAUUGUCUUCGGAAUAUUAUGAUUCAACUGAAUUUUUUUAAAAAGUUUUUGAUAUUCCAGAAGACUUUUUCCAAGCUUCAAGCUUUAAAACUUCAUAGGAAAAAUCUUAAAAAAACUCAAAAUCUUUAUUUUUUUCAUUUCUAUUAACCUUCUUAGGUUUCAAUGAAUAUCUUCGAACGGAGAAGAGCUCAAUUUUUGGUUUUUUUAAAUAUCUCAAGCCUUCCAAACGUUCUUUGUUUUUUUCUUUUUUUGAGGAUUUAUUUUUUUCGGAGGUGUUUCUCAAAAAGUAGGUUUUUCAAGAUUCAUAAAACUUUAAAUAUUUUUUGAAAACUUUGGAAAAAAAAGCGUUUCAGAAUAUCUUUUUGGAUUGAAGAAUGUUGAGUGAGUAUUCAAUUUUUGAAAAAGUUGGAUUUUUUUUACUUCAAAAGUUCUUUUUCAAACAAUUUCGAGCUACUCUAGAGUGCUUUUAAAAUUGAAAUCAUGUUUUGAGGAAAAAAGUCGCACGUAGAAUGGUUCUUUUGAGUUGCGUCAGAUCAAAAAUCACCUCGGUAAAGAGAAAGCCAGUUGAUUUUAAACCGCGCAGCUCUCAGAGCCAUUCUAAAAGCGACCAUGAUUUUUAUGAUUUUUCAAGUCAUAGGACAUGAGCUUAAUCCCAUUAGAAUGACCGCAACGCGACCGCGCCGCUUUGAGAGCCAUUCCAAAUGCGGACGUGACUUUUUCAAAUCUUAAGACAGAAACUUAUUCCCUUUAAAAUGACCGCAACGCGACCGCGCCGCUUUAAAAGCCAUUCCAAGUGCGACCAUGACUUUUCAAAUGAGCUUAAUCACAUUAGAAUGACCGAAACGCGACCGCGCCGCCCUGAGAGCCAUCCCAAGUGCGACCAUGAUUUGUUCAAGUCAUAGGACAUGAGAUUAAUCUCAUUAGAAACGAGAAAAACAUUUCUGAAAACAGACAAGUGAAUGAGGAAGAGAUACGUGUUAUCGCGUACUUUUAAUCUGCCUCAUUUUUUAACCGCCUUUUUCUUUCCAUAAUUCCCGGAAAAUCUCACGUUUUGAUCAUUGACUGAAGCUGUUCUCUGUGCUCUCGGAAAAGAAAAACAAGCCUCUUUUUUCCGCCCGACUUUCAGAGGACUUAUUAGUCCAUACAUGUGUAGUUUCCGUGUCUAGCUUGGUAAUCACUGGUGUUUUUGGCCGGAAAAAAUUCGUUGAACGAGCUUUUCCCCAUUGAUUUCAUUACCUUUGAUAGGUGUUUUUGCAAGAAAAUUGUUUGAUUUUUAGUCCUGAACGCCUAGUUUUUGAGCUUUUUGCAAUGUUAUCCUUUGACGUGUAUUUUCUCAAUUUUCAUUAAUUUUUUCCAAUUUCUAUCUUUUUCGAGGUUUUUCAAGGGCUUAUGCUGUAUUUUUGAUGAAUUUUGGACCAUUUUGUUCAGAUUUUUGAUAAAUUUCGGGCCUUUUUUUCAGAUUUUCGAUGAAUUUUGGACCAUUUUGUUCAGAUUUUUGAUGAUUUUUGAGCCAUUUUGUUCAGAUUUUUGAGGAAUUUUAGGCCAUUUUGCUCAGAUUUUUAAUGAUUUUUGGGCCAUUUUGUCCAAAUUUUUGAUGAAUUUUAGCCAUUUUGCUCAGAUUUCUAAUGAAUUUUUAGGCCAUUUUUUUGAUGAAUUUUUGGGCCAUUUUUUUCAGAUUUUUUUGAUGAAUUUUUGAGCCAUUUUUGUUCAGAUUUUUUUGAGGAAUUUUUAGGCCAUUUUGCUCAGAUUUUUUUAAUGAUUUUUUUGGGCCAUUUUGUUCAAAUUUUUUUGAUGAAUUUUUAGGCCAUUUUGCUCAGAUUUCUAAUGAAUUUUUAGGCCAUUUUUUUGAUGAAUUUUUGGGCCAUUUUUUUCAGAUUUUUUUGAUGAAUUUUUGAGCCUUUUUUUCAGAUUUUUUUGAGGAAUUUUUGAGGGCCAUUUUGUUCAAAUUUUUUUAAUGAUUUUUUUGGGCCAUUUUGUUCAAAUUUUUUUGAUGAAUUUUAGGCCAUUUUGCUCAGAUUUCUAAUGAAUUUUUAGGCCAUUUUUUUGAUGAAUUUUUGGGCCAUUUUUUUCAGAUUUUUUUGAUGAAUUUUUGAGCCAUUUUUGUUCAGAUUUUUUUGAGGAAUUUUAGGCCAUUUUGCUCAGAUUUUUUUAAUGAUUUUUUUGGGCCAUUUUGUUCAAAUUUUUUUGAUGAAUUUUUAGGCCAUUUUUGCUCAGAUUUCUAAUGAAUUUUUAGGCCAUUUUUUUGAUGAAUUUUGGGCCAUUUUUUUCAGAUUUUUUUGAUGAAUUUUUGAGCCUUUUUGUUUCAGAUUUUUUUGAGGAAUUUUUGGGGCCAUUUUGUUCAAAUUUUUUUAAUGAUUUUUGGGCCAUUUUGUUCAAAUUUUUGAUGAAUUUUAGGCCAUUUUGCUCAGAUUUCUAAUGAAUUUUAGGCCAUUUUUGAUGAAUUUUGGGCCAUUUUUUUCAGAUUUUUGAUGAAUUUUGAGCCUUUUUUUCAGAUUUUUGAGGAAUUUUGGGGCCAUUUUGUUCAAAUUUUUAAUGAUUUUUGGGCCAUUUUGUUCAAAUUUUUGAUGAAUUUUUAGGCCAUUUUGCUCAGAUUUCUAAUGAAUUUUAGGCCAUUUUUGAUGAAUUUUGGGCCAUUUUUUUCAGAUUUUUGAUGAAUUUUGAGCCAUUUUGUUCAGAUUUUUGAGGAAUUUUAGGCCAUUUUGCUCAGAUUUUUAAUGAUUUUUGGGCCAUUUUGUUCAAAUUUUUGAUGAAUUUUAGGCCAUUUUGCUCAGAUUUCUAAUGAAUUUUUAGGCCAUUUUUGAUGAAUUUUGGGCCAUUUUUUUCAGAUUUUUGAUGAAUUUUGAGCCAUUUUGUUCAGAUUUUUGAGGAAUUUUAGGCCAUUUUUGCUCAGAUUUUUUUAAUGAUUUUUUUGGGCCAUUUUGUUCAAAUUUUUUUGAUGAAUUUUUAGGCCAUUUUGCUCAGAUUUCUAAUGAAUUUUUAGGCCAUUUUUGAUGAAUUUUGGGCCAUUUUUUUCAGAUUUUUGAUGAAUUUUGAGCCUUUUUUUCAGAUUUUUGAGGAAUUUUGGGGCCAUUUUGUUCAAAUUUUUAAUGAUUUUUGGGCCAUUUUGUUCAAAUUUUUGAUGAAUUUUAGGCCAUUUUGCUCAGAUUUCUAAUGAAUUUUAGGCCAUUUUUGAUGAAUUUUGGGCCAUUUUUUUCAGAUUUUUGAUGAAUUUUGAGCCAUUUUGUUCAGAUUUUUGAGGAAUUUUAGGCCAUUUUGCUCAGAUUUUUAAUGAUUUUUGGGCCAUUUUGUUCAAAUUUUUGAUGAAUUUUAGGCCAUUUUGCUCAGAUUUCUAAUGAAUUUUAGGCCAUUUUUGAUGAAUUUUGGGCCAUUUUUUUCAGAUUUUUGAUGAAUUUUGAGCCUUUUUUUCAGAUUUUUGAGGAAUUUUGGGGCCAUUUUGUUCAAAUUUUUUUGAUGAAUCUGGGCCAUUUUUGAUGAAUUUUUGAGCAUUUUGUUCAGAUUUUUUUAUUGAUUUUUCUUUUUAGAUAUUUUUUUAAGAAUUAUUUUUUUGUGAUUAUCUUUGAAAAUAUUUAAGCUUGAUCUUCUACUCUCAAUUGGAAGAAAUUCCUUUUUUUUGAUGAUUUUUGAACCCCGAGUUCCAGGAACUAAACUAUACACACACACCAAAGAACUCGAACCACUGGCUUCACCUGGAAAUUUGCUUUUCGUAGCAGGAAAUACAAUUUUUUGGAGCCUAAUUGUUCUAUUUUCGGAUCGAGCUCCUUAGAAAGUCAACUUAUAGAUGAAGAUUUGAAAAUUGUGGAAUUUUGAGAUUUUUUUCAAGUUUCUAGUGUUUUUUUGAGCAUGAAAAAAAUUAAAAAAAUAAUAUUUUUUUGGAUUUUUGAUAUGAUUAACAUGUUCUUUUUAGAGCCGUAGUAGAUUUACUGCAGUUUUGGAAGCUUUGGUCGCACUUGGAAUGGCUCGAAACGUCAUGAAAAGUUUCGCCCGACCUUAAAACGGUUUUCGCGCUUUGGUAUCAAAAUGUUCAAGCCAAAGAAAAAGUUUUUCUAACCGCAAAGCCAUUCCAAAUGCGACCAGAGUCCAUUUACCGUUGGUUUGACACCAAAAUUACAAAAAAAAAUGUCUAAAUCUCUCAUUUUCCCAUGCUCUCUCGCCAUUCGUGUCAGGACCUUUUUAAAAUAAUAUCCACUUUUUGACUUUUUUCGACAUUUUUCAUAGUGAAUUCAACAUAGUUUCGAAUGUUUUGGUCGCACUUGGAAUGGCUCAAAACGUCAUGGGUACCUUAAAAGUUUCGCCCGACUUUAAAACGGUUUUCGCGCUUUGGUAUUGACUAUUCCUGUUGUAAGCUGAAAAAAGCUCUUCCCAAAGCCAUUCCAAAUGCGACCAGAGUUCAUUAAAGUUAGCUUGAAACCAAAAUAACAAAAAAUAUGUCUGAAACUCCGCUUUUUCCAUACUCUCUCGCUAAUCGUGUCAGGACCUUUUAUAGUGUUAUCCGUAGCCGAUGAACCGUAACUUUGAACUUUCCCACACGGAAAAAAGUCGGAGAAGGGGAAGAAAUUGCGCCAAGUUGCUCCCUUCACAUACACUCGUUCUCCCGCUCAUUUCUGUCCGCAUUGUACAAACAGGACGAAAAAGCGUCCUUUGUAAGAUCAACCAGCAUACGAUUCUGUUUGAUGAGUGGCGAAAAAAGUGGGAGGAGGAGAGGAAACCCCUCGGAGGACCCUCCGAACAACCAACCAAAUGGAUUUUUGACCUCCCACCUCGAAACACUUUUUUUCUUGUUCCGAUGACCCCGCCUACGGUUUUUUCCUACACAUCAACCUUUGUAAAUACAAGAUUUUUGUAUUUAAAUACAUGAGAAUCUUCUUUUUGGUACGCCUACGAGGCUUAGAAAUAAUAGAAUCCUUAAGUGACCACUUGAAAAAAAAUCCAUUUUUCUUGUUCCUUUGACCCCGCCCCCUUGUAUUUUGAAAAGCCUGGUAUAUAAAUACAAGAAAAAUAUUAUUUUUGGUACGCCUACGAGGCUUAGAAAUAAUAGGAUCUUUAAGUGACCACUUGAAAAAAAAUCCAUUUUUUCUUGUACCUUUGACCCCGCCCCCUUGUAUUUUGAAAAGCCUGGUAUAUAAACACGGAUUUUUGAUUUUUUUAAUACAAGAAAAUCUUCAUUUUGGUACGCCCACGAGGCUUAAGAAUAAUAGAAUCCUUAAGUGACCACUUGAAAAAAAACCCCCUUUUUUUGUACCUUUGACCCCGCCCCCUUGUAUUUUGAAAAGCCUGGUGUAUAAAUACAUGAGAAGCUUCUUUUUGGUACGCCUACGAGGCGUUGAAAUAAUAGGAUCUUUAAGUGACCACUUGAAAAAAAAUUCCCUUUUUCUUGUACCUUUGACCCCGCCCACUUUAUUUUGGAAAGCCUGGUAUAUAAAUUCCGGAAUUUCUGGUCUUUAAUUACAGGUGGAACUUUAACACCCCACAUGAGCUCCAACCUUGAAAAAUUCUCUUUAGUGACCACUUGAAAACAAUUUGAAUUCCCUUAUUUAUAAUAUAUUCCUCUGACUCCGCCCAUUUUUAUUCACAUUCUGGUAUUGAAAUAUGCUUUUUUUGAAUGCACUCAGAACUCGAAAAAAAGAAUUUCUAAUGACCACUUGAGGGAUUUUUCUGCAUUUCUUUGACCCCGCCCAUUUUCGAUUUUUUUUUAUUUUCGAGAAACUUUAAAAAUUCUUCGUAUCUUUUUCCAUCGCCUAAUGAUAAGUUUGUAGAAGAACGCUUUUUUUAAAACUAUAUUAUUAGAUUUUCGAGCCGAUCCUUUCAUUUUAAAGGUCACUAUUAUAAUAUGCUUGGGCCUCGAUUUGAAGUCAGAUGCUUGGGCCAGAUUUGAACUCAGAUGCUUGGGCCUCGAUUUGAAAUCAGAUGCUUGAGCAUCGAUUUAAAAUCAGGUGCUUGGGCCAGAUUUGAAAUCAGAUGCUUGGGCCAGAUUUGAACUCAGAUGCUUGGCCCUCGAUUUGAAAUCAAGCGCUUGGGCCUCGAUUUGAAAUCAGAUGCUUGGUCCUUGAUUUUAAAUCAGAUGCUCGGGCCUCGAUUUGAAAUCAGAUGCUUGGGCCUUGAUUUGAAAUCAGAUGCUCGGGCCUCGAUUUGAAAUCAGAUGCUUGGGCCUCGAUUUGAAGUCAGAUGCUUGGGCCUCGAUUUGAAAUCAGAUGCUUGGGCCUCGAUUUGAAGUCAGAUGCUUGGGCCUCGAUUUGAAAUCAGAUGCUUGGGCUUUGGUUUGAAAUCAGAUCAAAAUUUUGAGUCCCAAUCAAAAGUACCACUUUAAGCUUGGACCAUAUUCCUUGUAGGAUUUUUAAAACUUAUCUUUAAUUUUUCACGAAAAUCCGUUCAUUUUCCUCACACCUUGUAUAUUUUCCUACGUUUCCCCUUCUUGAGAAACUCAACCCGUCACGUCGUCUUUCUCUGUUUAUUAACAAAUAUACAGAUGAAUAAAUAAAGAAUGAUGCAUCGGCGGUUGGAUUUUUGCAACCCGACGCCGAGCUGCUCCCGCUCGCCGCCCGUUUUUGUCCCCCUGAGUCCCAAACGUGAGGAGUCGACGAAUUGGGACCAGCAACAACAACAGCAGCUUGGGCACUCGGGCAAGCCGCCCGAGCUCAUUCAAAAUGAGAGAGAGCUCGCUUGGGCCAUGCGCCUUUUCAAUGAAGUUGGUAGCGUUUUUGGGGGCCUUGAAGGGUCAGAAUUUGAUGGAACUUGGUUGAGGGGUACCUUAAGGUAUCUUGGUUCAGAAUAUUUCGGGAAAAUCGAAAAAUUCAGUUUUUUAGUAGUGGUAGGACACGUCAAACCGGAAUCUAAAGGGAAAAAAAGGGUUUUUUGGGGUUUUUAGAUGUUAUAGCUGUACUAUGAGGCUGAACUUGAAUUUUUCUUGAUUUUUUGAAUUGUAUCACAUUUUUUUUCCUUUUGGAGGUAUCUUGAACUUCCUUGAGAAGAUUUUUUUUUGGUUUUUAGGGCUUUUAUUUUUGAAAAAGGAGUUUGAAUCGGGAUUUUUUGAACUUUUUUAACGGACUUUUGUUCCGAUUUUUUGAAAAUUUAUCUUUUUUUUCCGAAGUUUUUGGUCAAAGCAUCAUUCUAAAAAGCUCAGAAACCGUUUUGCAAGCUUUGCAAUAUUAUAGAAAGCUUUCUCAGAACUUAUUCUGUUUAUUUUCCCUACCAGAAGGUAUUCCCCUACUCAGAGAUACGUUUCCCACUAAUUUCUGGGUUACUUCCAGUCGUCUGGAAACCCGAAAUUACCAAAUAUAGAACUUUUCGGAUGACAUUCCCUUUCGAUGUGUAAUUUGAAGUAGUUGGAUGCUUUAUUCGGCGCUAGAGAAACAUGUGAAAUUUCAAGUACUGAAACGUUUUUGGCUUUAAAAAAAAAUUAAUCCGACUUUAUGAUUUUGGUCAUUUUUCCGUUGAAAUUUGCAUAUUUUCAGACAAAAAGAAGUUCAAAACCGGUUGAAGAGUGAAAAUUAUCGAUGGAGCGCAAUUACUCAAAAAUUUGAGCCUUUUAGACUAUUUCAUUUUUCCAUCGAAAUUGUGCUCAAAGAGUUGAAAUUUGCAUAUUUUUAGUCAAAAAAGUUCAAAACUAGCUUAAGAAUACAAAUUAUCAAUGGAGCGCAAUUGCUCAAAAACUUUGAGCCUGUUAGACUCUUUUUUUCCGAGAAAAAAGUCCAUUUUAGCCAAUUUUUUCUGUUUCUCAGGAACACAUGUUUCAAUAACUCGUAGAACAGAUUCUUGAAGGUUUUGGUGACAAAAGUCUGAAAAAAAAAUGAGAAAAGGCUUAAAAAAGACUUGGUCGAUGGAGCGCACAAGAUGAUGAUUUUCUGGCUUCAUGAUAGUUGGUUUUUGAUUGUUUUUUUAUAAAAAAAUUUUAAAAAAAUACAAGUUAUCAAUAGAGCACAUUUGUCGCGGAAUUACAACCCAAAAAAGCUUGUAGAUGCGGAUUAUCAAUGGAGCGCGUAAGCUACAAGACGUUUAAUUUUUUUACAAAAAUUUGUCUCAAGAAACUUUUUAAUAGAGCUGAAUGUAUUAACAAUAUCAUAAUCUCCAAUUUUUAUUAUGUCAAACAAAGGCAACCCCCCCCAAAAAAAAGGUUCAAAGUCACGGACACAGUAAUUUUCCCAUGACUAAUUAUUCUCACGACUUCAAAGAACAAAUUCCCAAAAAAUUAGUGACGACACGAGUUUGUCAAAUAAACAGUUGCCAUCAUUUUUGUUUGAGGUCAAGGGAAACAUUUUUUUUUGAUGAGAUCUGUUUGUCGAUCGUCGAGUUUCUACGGGGGUUUCAGUGACGACACAGCUUUUUUUCACCUUUUUUUCAUUGCGGGGGUAGGAAAGGACGUCAAAUCAAACAAAACAGUUUUUUUUCGAUCCACGCGGGGUAGAGUGACCCGCACUUUAGAUCUUCAGAUCUAGAUUGGCUUGAACUUUUCUGAGGGGGUAGAUCAAGGUUCGAGAAGACUUUAGAAGGGAAAUGGUCGCAUUGGGAAUGGCUGCGUCGCGGUUGCGGAGCGGCCGGGCUAAAAGCUACUCACGCGUUUUUGGAGUUGAGUAGGAGCUUCUUGAAGUCCUUUAACAGCAAAAUUUCUGGCACUUUGAAAGCUCCAGACCUCAUUGGGAAUGGCUCAACGCGUCGCGGUUGCGGAGCGGCCCGACCAAAAGCUACUUACGCGUUUUGGAAUGGAAAAUGAAUACUUCACUGGAUUUUUUUGAAAUUUCAAAAGAUUUCAAGGGAUCUGAAAGCUCUUGACCGCAUUGGGAAUGGCUCGAUGCGUCGCGGUUGCGGAGCGGCCCGACCAAAAGCAACCUACGCGUUUUUGGAGUUGAACAUAAAGCUUUCUAAAAUCCUUCAACAGCAAAAUUUUUUCAAUUUGAAAGCUCUUGACCGCAUUUGGAAUGGCUCGAUGCGUCGCGGUUGCGGAGCGGUUUCUAUUAGGAAAGUUCGCCCGUCCUUCGAUGACUUUCGCGUUUUGUCAUUGGAGCCAUUCCAAAUGCGACCUUUGGUUUUGGAAUGACCUCGUCUUGAAGAGAAUGGCUCAAAGCUUUUGAUGUGCAACCGACCCAAAUCGGCUUUCGCGAGUUUUCAUAUCUAUCUGUAGCGCGACCGCAACGUGAUUAGCCAUUCCAAACGCGACCGGGGAUGAUUUCAAGCCCUGAAAUUUGAAAAAAAUGACUUGGAUUGGCUAUAACUUUUAAUGAACAAUUUUAAAUCAAAACCUGGAUUUUCAUCUCAUUUUCCAGGUGCCGGCUUGUUCGAUUUGUGGAACCGACUCGACGGGAAUCCAUUUCGGUGUGGAUGCCUGCGCGGCCUGUUCGGCAUUUUUCCGAAGGACCGUCGUUUUGGACAAGAAAUACACGUGUAACAAGGACAAUCGAUGUGUGGUCUUGAAAGGUUCGUUGGGAAAAAUUGAGAAAACUCACGAAAAAUUGCAAGUUUUUGAGCUGAAUUUUUGUACAAUUUCGAGCUUUAUCGGAGUUUUUUGAGCUUUUAUUGAAUUUUCAUUGCCUUUACGCAGUCACGCAGCCCUUUACGCAGCCCUUUACGCAGUAAAUUAGAAGAAAAUGCCUUAAAAGCAAGCUUUUUAAAUUGAAAUUGAGAAAAUUCACGAAAAUUGAUAUGAAAUGAGAAAAACUGCAGAUUUUUGAGCUGAAAAAUGUUAUUUUAAUCAAGAUAUUUUUGUACAAUUUUGAGCUUUAUCGGAGUUUUUUUGAGCUUUUUAAUGAACUUUCAUUGUCUGUAGCCCUUUACGCAGCCCUUUACGCAGCCCUUUACGCAGUAAAUUAGAAGAAAAUGCCUUAAAAGCAAGCUUUUUGAGUAGAAAAUGUGUGGUGCUGGAAGGUUUGUUGGGGAAAAUUGAGAAAAUUCAUGAAAAUUGAAGGAUUUUAAGCUGAAAAUGUUAUUUUAAUCAAGAUAUUUUGUACAAUUUUAAGCUUCAUCGGAGUUUUUUCGAGCUUUUAAUGAAAUUUUAUUGCCUUUACGCAGUCACGCAGCUCUUUACGCAGCCCUUUACGCAACCCUUAACGAAACCCUUUACGCAGUAAAUUAGAAGAAAAUGCCUCAAAAGCAAGCUUUUUGAGUAGAAAAUGUGUGGUGUUAGGAAAAAUUGAGAAAAUUUACGAAAAUUGAGGUGAAAUGAGAGAAAUUGAAGGAUUUUGGGCUGAAAAUGUUUUUUAUUCAAGAUUUUUUGUAUAAUUUUUAGCUUCAUCGGAGUUUUUUCGAGCUCAAAAUGAAUAGGACGGGCCUUUAGCCUUUUACGCAGCCCUUUACGCAGUAAAUUCGAAGAAAAUUCAUUAAAAGCAAGCUUUUUGAGUAGAAAAUGUGUUGUGCUGAAAGGUUGUUGGGAUGAAUUGAGAAAAUUCAGGAAACAUUGAAGGAUUUCGAGCGGAAAUUUUGUACAAUUUUGAGCUUCCUCGGAGCUUUUUUGAGCUCGAAAGGAGCUAUUAUUGCUUUUACGCAGUCCUUUGCGCAACCCUUUAGAAGCUUUUUUACGCAGACCUUUACGCAGCCCUUUACGCAGCCCUUUACGCAGACCUUUACGCAGCCCUUUACGAAGCUUUUUACGCAGCCCUUUACGAAGCUUUUUACGCAGCCCUUUACGCAGCUUUUUACGCAGCCCUUUACGCAGCUUUUUACGCAGACCUUUACGCAGCCUUUUACGCAGACCUUUACGCAGUCCUUUACGCAGCCCUUUACGAAGCUUUUUACGCAGCCUUUUACGCGUUCCUUUACGCAGACUUUUACGCAGCCCUUUACGCAACCCUUUACGCAGCCUUUUACGCAACACUUUACGCAGUAAAUUUGUAGAUUUCUAGUAGUAACUUACCUUGAAAACUCAUCUUUUCUACUUUUCUCGAGCCAAAAUUUUUUUCAGUCGAUUUUAUAGCUUUUUUCAACUUUACGAUGAUUCAUAGUUUAGUUUUUCUAGAAUUUUUGAAGUCAAAAGUCGAUUUAUUAUGGCAGAACCUUGUGUAUUUCCGAAAAAUCGUGUUUUGAAGUCAUUUUUCCUCUCUAAAAUCCAAUUUUUUCAAUUUUUACUGUCUUUUUCUUGUUUUUUAUUAAAAGUUACUCAUUUUCAGACGGUUCGGCUGGACAAAAAUGCAGAUCCUGCCGGUUCAAAAAGUGCCUGACCGCUGGAAUGGAUCGAAAUGGUUUGUUUUUUGAUGUAUUUUCAAAUUUCAUGCAGUUUGAUAUUUUUGUGGUGGAUUGAACUAUUAUAAUGCUCUCUUUUUCUAAGUUUACGGAUUUUUUUGUUAAAUUACAGAUUUUUUUCAAACUCCACCCCUUUUUUGGUCAAAUUUUUUUUUUUUUUAAAUUUCUGAGCCUUUUUUUCCAAGUUUCAAGCCAUUUUUUUAAACAAUUUUGGCUUUUUUUAAGCUAUUUUUCCGAGCCUUUUUUUCAAGUUUCAAGCCAUUUUUGGUCAAAUUCACCUUUUUUUUUUAACUUUCCAAGCCUUUUUUUAAUCCCCAGCCAUCAUUUUUAUCAGAUAAAUGAUUCAAAAUUCCGGAUUCGAGAUAAUCUCCUAGACCUCCACGCAGCCUUUCUACGUGAUUGAAUUUUUUCUUUGUUCUUUUUUUCAUCUUAUGAAAAUCUUCUGAUCUCUGAUCCUAGACUUUUUUUUCUGGUUUUUGAGAAUUUUCUGAAUUUUUUUAGUGUAGAUAAAGCGACAUUUGCACACUGAAAAAUAGGUUUUUUCGGUGGAUUUUUACGGAUUUUUGGGUCCUGAAAAGAACUUUUUAAUUUUUUGAGUAGAUUGCUAGUGUUAUCAGAAUUUCGUUUGCAUUUUUUUCUAUUUUGACAUUAAUUUUUUUCUUAAAAAUUCAGAUGUUUCCGACGGUUUUUUUCAGGGAUUUUUUUGGUUCAGAAAAUUCAAAAAUUAUUCAUUUUAUUUUUUUAGAAAAAGAUUCCUAAUUUUGUAGGUAGGGGUUUUUUUGACAAGAAUUUUUUUCAAGGAGAAAAAUUUUUUUCAAAAGAAUUUUAGGUUUAGAAAAUUAUUGGUAAAUGUAUUUUUUUGAACCUUCGACCCUGAUUUUUUUCUUGGAAAAUAGGUUUUUUUGAUUUCAAAGAUUUUUUUCGGAUUUAAGAAAUUGAAACUUUUUCGAGAAGAUUCCUAUUUCCGAUUUCAAAAUGAAAUAAUUUUUUUCCAGCCGUUCAACACCGAAGAGACGCGAUUGGCAAAUAUUCGGCGGGAGUUAAAAAGGGAUGCUUCGCCCGGUUUGUUCCAUUUUUUUAAUAAUUCAACGGAUUUGAGAUAGAAAAAGCCUAAUUUUUGUAAAAAUUUGAAGAAUUUUUGAGGCAUUUUAGUGGACCUUUCAUUCAAAAAAAUACAAAUUUUUGUUUUUUUAAGUGUUUCUUUGAAGAUUUGAAAACAACAUUACAGAACUAAACACUCUUGAUCCAACAAAAAUAUGAAAGCUACAUAAUCGACAUCUAAAAGAAUAACUUCAUGGUUAUUUCAAUUUACUCAAGUGGGGGUUAACACGACCGCGGGUCCUCUUCCCUCCAUCACCACAAGUUCCGACACAUAUGUUCCCAAACUCUCCCUACACCUAUUUCGUGAAAUUUAGUACUUGUGUGUGAGAAAUAAAACAUUUUUGAUUAAAAAAAUUUUGAUUUGAUUUCGUUAAAGAAAAAAAGAAAUUUUUUUAGCUUUUUUGAAUUUUGAACUUUUUGAAAGAAUUUUUGAGGCAUUUUUGGUGGACGUUUCAUUCAAAAAUAUACAAAUUUCUGUCUUUUCUAGUGUUUUUGAAGAAAAAAAGAAAUUUUUUUAGAUUUUUUUCGAAUUUCGAUUUUUUGAACCCUAAAAAAAUUAUGGCUUCUGUCUGCUCUUUUUGAAGAUUUUCGACUUUUUUUCAAGGGAUUUUAUAUUUUCUUCCUGGUUUUUUUCGAUUUUUUUGCGGUCUUUAAUAUGGUAGAAUUCAAUGGCAAAAUCGAAAAAAAUCAGUUUUUUUCGCUGAAAAAUUGAGGGAAACUAAAAAAAUUGGAAUUUUUUUAGUAUUCAAAUCAUUGGAAAAUGAGAAAAAAAUUCGUUUUUUUGUACUUCAAAAAGCCAUUAUUCUUGAUUUUUUUCGAAAUUGAAACUUGAAAAAAAUUAAAUUUUAAGAAAAAAAUAUAGGAAACGAUGCACCUUUUUCGGUUUAUUUUCCGUUAGAAAGCUUACUUUUGAUAAAAUUAUUCGAAAAAGUUAACUUAGGAACUCUAGAGUGGCCCCUAUAGGGGUGUUGUCUUUAAAGGGGUUUAGGGUCUGACCCUUGUGCCUCUGAAGCUCAAGAGGUCCCUAUAGGGGCUAGGAAAGGAUUUAUAGGUAAGUAAGAACUUUCGAGACAUUUAAAAAAAUAUUUCUGUAGACUUUCUACUGUAAAAAUAUUUAGUGGCCAAUUUAGGGUUUUACUUUUAAGUGGCCAAUUAAGUUGUCGAGAUAGCGGCUACUCAAGUGUCUGAAAGCUUAGUGACCUCUCAAAGCUACUAUAGUGACCGCUAAGACGAAAAAUAUUGGCCACUUUAGUGUUCUCUCCAAGUAGUCCUUGAGGAACCUCUUAAGUGGCCACUGGAGAUUUUCUCAGAACUUUCAAGAGACGUUUGUUUCAAAAUUCGUUCACAAAAGUAUUUUCGUCCAUUUUUCCCCCAUCAGACUACCUUUCAAUUUUUGCAAAAAUCUAUUGACAAAAAUAAGGCUUUCUGCAAAAUUUUGCCCUUUUUCGAAAUUUCAAAGAACCUCUCUCGUCCGAUUUUUUCCUCAAUUUAAAAUAUUACCCUUGUAUAAAUAUUUUCGAUUUUUGCAAUUUUUGAAAGAAGAAAAAAAAAACGUUGCGGAGGUUUUCCAAAUCCGGAUGUUUACGUUGAAAUUCCGGCACGUUGUCUUCCUUUCAAAAUGACUACUAAGAAUGAAAAAAGAUUUUGGGCUUUCGCGAAUUAUUCACACUAUAAAACGCCUCUUUCUCACAUUGUUCUGAUUAAUUUUCGUGUCAUCUUGAUGAAAUCUUUCCGAUCCCGAGGUUUGUCGCCUUUUUAGGGUAGUUUUGAGAGUUUUUGAGAUUUUAGAAUGUUCAAAAUCAGAUUCCAAGCUUCCUAAUGACCUCAGAUACUUUUUUGGUUUUUUUGCAGAUCGAAAUUUCAUUUUCUAGGCCUAUAAAAAUUUUUUUUUAAUCGAAGUUUGAAAGUUUCUCAAUUUUACAGCCAAUCAGGACUAUUAGGGAAUUCUUUUUUGACCAUUUUUUAAAUGAAAUAUCUUUAAAAAAAAUUUUCCAAGGUUUUUUUUUGCCGAGUUUGAUCAUUUUGAAACUAUUUUUGCGGCAUUUUCCAAAAAGAUCCCUCAAAUUUCAACAUUUUAAGCUCUCCAUCUAGCCUGAUAAAAAAAUUCUCUUUUUGAAGUAGUCCCUUGAGUGAAAAAAAAGCAUUGAUUUAGACAAUAUAAAGUUUUUUCAGCUACUUUUAAUGCUGAUUUGGUGAGAAAAGGGAAAUUUUGAGUUUUUCCAAGCUUUUCCAAGAAUAUUGAGCUCGUCUGGAGACUCGUAAUACAAAAAAAAAAGAAGGAAGUUCCUACUUUACAGACGUGGAAUCCGAACCACCAGCGAAGCAAGCCGUCCCGACGCCGGCCCCGCCGCCAGAGCAACUCGCGUCGACGAGCCAAGUCGCCGAAGAUCCGCUCGUCUAUCAGUCGCCGGCGAUGAACGUCGCGUCGUCCUCAGUCGCCCCAGCGCUCAGCCAGUCGCCGACGAUGCUCCAGGAGCUCCUGACGCGACAACGCUACCUUUUGGAGCAACGGCAGCUCUUCUACGCCAGAAGGUCCCUGGAAGAACUCUUCACGGUCGGACCCCCGCCCUCGGCCGGCGAAGAGGAGAUCUACGAGCUGACGGAUUUCAACGACUGCAUGUACCAUCUGUGGAAGAUCGAGCCGAGAUUGGCCGCCGAUUUCAUCAAUCGGAAUCGCUUCUUGGCCAACGUUCCGGCUGUUGAGAAGGUGAGUCUUGGAAACGGAUUCUGGGCGUUUAGAAAGGACUGAAGUCUUCAGAAGACGUUCUGAAGUGUUGAGAAGCUAGCAAAUUAUUUAUGGAACUUUUAAGCUUGACUAGGGAUUCUGCAACAGCUCCUAGGGGUUUUGAAGCUAGAAAAUUAUUCAGGUGACCGUUAGGCUUGACCAGGGCUUCUGAAAAAGUUUCUAAGAAAUUUUGAAAAACCACUCAGAUGAUUUUGAGGCUUGACUGCAGUUACAGAAACGGUUUCUAAUGUAUUUAGAAGCCAGAACACGAUUAAUGAGAGUUUUAAGAUUGACGAGAGCUUUUGGGAGAGUUCCUAAGGCAUUUAGAAGCUGAAAAAUCACCCAUAGGACAGUUAGGGCUGACUUCAGGAAGAGUUUCCAAGGUGCUCAGAACCUAGAAAAUACUCCUGAAGCUCUUAUUCUUGGCUAGGACUUCUGAAGAUUCAGUUUGUUUUUGAAAAUCUCUAGAACCCUUAGGUUUGAGUAGAGCUUCUGGAAGGGUUUUUGAGGUUCUUAGAAGCUUCACCGUUGUUCAUAGGCUUGUAUUUCUUGACUACGACUUUUGGAAGACUUUUUGAAGUUUUUAGAAGCGCUAAAAUUAUUCAUGGGACUAUCAGGCUUGACUAGGGGUUCUGCAAGUGUUUCUAGAGCACUUAGGCGUUAAAAAUCGUCCUUAAGGCAGUUAGGAUUGAGUAAAGCUUCUACGCAACUUGGAAGCCAAAAAGUUACAGAACCGUUAGGCUUCCUUAAAACUUCAGGAAGAGUUUCCAAGGUGCUCAGAACCUAGAAAAUACUCCUGAAGCUCUUAUUCUUGGCUAGGACUUCUGAAGAUUCAGUUUGUUUUUGAAAAUCUCCAGAACCCUUAGGCUUGAGUAGAGCUUCUGGAAGAGUUUUUGAGGUUCUUAGAAGCUUCACCGUUGUUCAUAGGCUUGUAUUUCUUGAGUAUGACUUUUGGAAGACUUUUUAAGGUUUUUAGAAGCGAGAAAUCUGUUCAUAGGACGGUCAGGCUUGACUAGAGCUCCUGGAAGAGUUUUUGGGGUGCUUAGAAACUAGAAAAUCAUUCGGAGAAAUUUCAUUCUUGACUGGGAAAAUGUUUAGUGGGCUCUAUAGGGUUUUGACGCUUUAGUGGACACUAUAGUGGUCAAAUUAGUGGCCACUAUUGAGGUCUAAGUGCUACUACUAGGCCACAAACAAUUUUAGUGGUCACUUUAGGGUUUUGACGUUUUAAUGGCCACUAUAGUCGUCAAAUUAGUGACCACUUAAGGGGUUAAAAAUUAGUGGCCACUAUAGAGGUCUAAGUGCUACUACUAGACCACUUAGUGGUCAUUUUAGGGGUCAAUGGAUCAACAUAACUGGACCAAUCUGUUUGUUUUAACAUUAUCAGAGUUACUGGAAGGAACAUUGGAUCUAAAACUACUGAAGUGGCCACUAAAAUGGAAAAUAGUGGCCACUUUAGUGUCCCUCUAGUCAUUUCAGAAGCUAAUAGACUUUCUUUAACGAAUUCUAAGCUAUUUUUUUCAGAUCAAGAUCUACAAGAACUUUGUCGUCCUCCGCCAAGCCAUCGAAGAACCCUUCUUGACUUGGAAACACGGUGGUCUGGAGAAGGAGCGAUUCGUCAUGCCUAACAGGUCGAAAUUUCAGUCCUAAAAAGUUUAUUUUGAAUUUUUCAGAACCUUCAUCGACCUCAGCGACCACGAAAAGUACUUCCAGGACGGUUCCCUGAAAGAUUUGAAGCUGGAUUUGGACACGACUAAGCGGUAAAUAACCUUCCGAAGAUGAAAAAGACGUAAAGUUUCAGAUUAUUCAUGCCCUCGUUCAAGAAUGCCAUGGAGACGGUGAGCAAAUCGAUGCGGGACAUCAAUUUGACCGAAGUCGAAAUGGUCGCCCUUCUCGGGAUCGUUCUCUUUGAUCCUUGUGAGUUUUGGAGAUUCUUGAGCUUUUUUUGUUAGGAGAGAACAGUUAGGAAAGAGUUAAAAUACUUCCAGAGUGAUCACUAGAGGGCUUAGGGUAAAAAGUUCCCCUUAGAGUGGGCAAAAUAGUAGUCCCUUUAGGGCUGAGGAGAGAUUGGCUUGGUAAGAAGACGCUUUAGGAACGCCAGAGUAGUCACUAGAGGGGCUAGGCAAAAAAAAAAACUCCUAUAUUGAACAAAAUAGGGCUCCCUAGAGAGCAUAGGAGUUCAGGAUCCGACCGUGAGCCCCGAAAACUUGAGUGGUCCCUAAAGUGGUCCAGUUUUAAAAGUUGAACAAUGUGAUUAGUAAAAGAAGAUCUGUUAUGUGAUUGGGAGCUAUCAAGCUACCCUAAAGUGGCCACUUUUGCAAGCUUUAGAGCCUUCUAUACAAGGAAGUAAGCCUUCAAGGGCCCUUACCUCCCUCUAGUGGCUACUCUGACGUUUCUAAGCUAGAUUAAUAGGAUUUUUUGUUGUUCUGAGAACGCUUGGACGUCCUCUAGGAGGUAGAAAACCACUGGAAUCUCAGAAAAUCCUUGAUUUUUCUAGCCAUCGCCACCCUCCAAGAAGAGACCCGACUCCACCUGCAAGGCCUCCGCGACAUGCUCCUCGCCGACAUCCACAACUUCUACGACGAGGAGGAGGAGACCAACAGCGAAUCGCCGGAAAUCCGCGUCGCCGAGCUUCUCAUGGUCGUUGCCAACGUCAAGGUAAUCAUAUGGGGAACAUCUCCAACGAUGGAGGAUUUUCUGGGACUUGGCCAGAAGUUGAAGAAUCUUCAAGGUUCCUGAAAAUUGGCCAGAACUCGAAGAAUCCUCAAGGUUCCUGAAAAUUGGCCAGAAGCUGAAGAAUCCUCAAAGUUUUUGAGAAAGGGAUGAAAGAGGCUUAGAGAGCAGCGGCGGCCUGAAGAGACGCGAGAGAAGUAGGAAAUCUCUCUUUCUCUGGCGUCUCUACAGCUUGAGGCUUCUCUUGCUUCUUGCUAGAUUCUAAAAAAGGUUUUUCUGGUUUGUCGAAAAUUUGAUAUCUGAUUUUCUUAAAAUUUUAAGAGGUUUUCAAAUUAAGAAAAUUGCCCCAAUUCUGGGAAAAUUUCUAGUGGCCACUUUAGGGUUUUGUCGAUUGAGUGGCCACUUAAGGGGCUAAAAAUUAGUGUCCAAGUGGUACUACUAGACACUAAAAACUACUAUAGUGGCCACUUUGACGCAAAAUAGUGGAUUUGAUGGUUUUAGUGGCCACUUUAGAGUCCUCUCCAAGUAGUCCUUGAAGAACCCCUCAAGUGGCCACUAGAGGUUUUCCCAGGAAAUUCCCAAAGAGCUUUUCAAAAUCCGCACAUGCUCUUUUUCCGUGUGAAAAGGAUCCUAAAUGACCGAUUUUUCCUUCAGAUCCACGCGAUCCGAACAUCGGAGAACAUGCAGAUCCUGCGAAUCUUCGACCUGAUCCGGCCGGAUCCGAUCUUCAACCAGACGAUGGAGCCGGAGUCGCCGCCCGCCACCCUCGCCACGGCGUACGCCUUCCCGAUCGGCAUCGCCGUGACGUCAUCUGAUGCUCGAGCCCCCGUCGGACGACCACUGGAGUCGGAGCUCGUCAAGGAGGAACAGACCACGCCCCCUCCGCUUCUCCACCGAAGUCUUUCUGAAGUCGAUCCCGACGCUGAUGUUGAUGUCUGCUGA